GAGAAGUAGAGGAAAAACCACUGAAUGUAGAGUCCUGUCAGUGGCGCUUUUCGCUUGAAAGGAGAAGUGCUGGGAGAAAUAAUUAAUGUUCUUAUUAUAUUUGUAGGGACUUUUGUUUUGGUGCGCGUAUGUGCGCGCGCGCAUCCGAUCGUCUUUGCCGUACUUUCAGGCUCUUUGAAGGCUGCAUCUGGAGGAACUCUCUUUUAAAUCCAAUGUCCAGAAAAUAAUAAAAAUACUACGAUAAAGUCAUCAGAAUGGAUGGAUUUUAUGACCAGCAAGUGCCUUACAUGGUCACCAAUAAUCUCUGUGGGAGAAAUUGUAAUGAGCGACCAGCAAAUGUCAGGAAAAGAAAAUUCAUUAACAGAGAUCUGGCUCAUGACUCAGAAGAACUGUUUCAAGAUCUAAGCCAAUUACGAACAUGGCUUGCAGAAGCUCAAGUACCUGACAAUGAUGAGCAGUUUGUACCAGACUACCAGGCGGAGAGUUUGGCUUUUCAUGGUCUUUCAGUGAAAAUCAAGAAAGAACCCCACAGUCCAUGUUCUGAACUCAGCUCUGCUUGUAGUCAAGAACAACCAUUCAAAUUCAGUUAUGGAGAAAAGUGCCUGUACAAUGUCAGUGCCUAUGAUCAGAAGCCACAAGUGGGAAUGAGGACUUCUAACCCACCAACUCCAUCAAGCACUCCAGUUUCACCACUACAUCAUGCAUCUUCAAACUCGAUUCAGAAUUCUAAACCUGACCGGAUUUUUGCAACUCAUUUGCCUCCAUCCCAGCCCAUUUCAGACAAUAACUUUCAUAUGGAUCACAGAUUUCGCCGUCAGCUCUCAGAACCUUGUAAUUCCUUUCCUCCUUUGCCUGCCAUGCCACGGGAAGGACGUCCGAUGUACCAACGCCAGAUGUCUGAGCCAAACAUCCCUUUCCCACCUCAAGGGUUUAAACAGGAGUACCAUGAUCCAGUGUAUGAACACAAUGCCAUGGUUGGCAAUUCAGUCAAUCAAAGUUUCCCUCCUCCUCUGAUGAUUAAACAAGAACCUAGAGAUUUUGCAUAUGAUUCAGAAGUGCCUAGUGCCAUUCCCAUUUACAUGACAGAAGGCUUCCUCACUCACCCAAACAGAACAGAAGGUUGUAUGUAUGAAAAAGGUCCAAGGCAAUUUUAUGAUGACACUUGUGUUGUUCCAGAGAAAUUUGAUGGUGACAUUAAGCAGGAGCCAGGAAUGUAUCGUGAGGGCCCCACAUACCAGCGGCGUGGUUCCCUUCAGUUGUGGCAAUUUUUGGUAGCUCUUCUUGAUGAUCCAUCAAACUCUCAUUUCAUUGCUUGGACUGGCCGAGGUAUGGAGUUCAAGCUGAUUGAACCAGAAGAGGUGGCACGGCGCUGGGGCAUUCAAAAAAACAGACCAGCCAUGAACUAUGAUAAACUUAGCCGAUCACUUCGCUAUUAUUAUGAAAAGGGAAUCAUGCAAAAGGUUGCUGGAGAGAGAUACGUGUACAAGUGUUGUGACCCUGAAGCCCUCUUCUCCAUGGCCUUUCCGGAUAACCAGCGUCCCUUGCUGAAAACUGACGUCGAACGUCAUAUCAAUGAAGAGGACACUGUCCCUCUGUCCCACUUUGAUGAGAGUAUGGUCUAUAUGCAAGAAGGAGCUGCUGUAAUACCCCCUUAUAAUGAAGGCUAUGUAUAUUAAUUGGAGUGACAGGAGUGGAGCCCCCUUUUUCAUCCUAAGCUUCUCCCUCUUUCAUGAGACCAAGACAAAAGCUGAAUUCCCAUCAGUUGAUUUUAUAAGA